ACGAUGCUGAUCCUGAUCCUGCUGCCUGUGGCCUUUCUCCUGCCCUCUGGCACUGGGGCUGGUGAGAUCAUCGGGGGCCAGGAAGCCCAGCCCCAUUCCAGACCCUACAUGGCCUAUCUGGAUAUACAACGUGGAAAUAAUAGCUCUUUCUGCGGAGGGUUCCUGAUGUCAAAGAACUUUGUGCUGACGGCCGCUCACUGCAAUGGAGACAUCAUCACUGUCAGGCUGGGAACCCACAACCUUAGGAAUUUGGAACACAAUGAACAGAGGAUCCCUGUCCGUCGCUCAAUCCCCCACCCACGAUACAACAGAGUGACUAUUAACAAUGACAUCAUGCUGCUGCAGCUGGCCCAGCAGGCCAGAUUGAGUGACAAGGUUCAGACUGUGCACCUGCCCCACUAUGGGGACAAAGUUAUACCUGGGUCUGUGUGCAGCGUGGCUGGCUGGGGCCAGAUGAGUGUGUUCCCUGGGAAGACCUCAGACAUGCUGAUGGAAGUGGAUCUGGAGGUGAUGGAGGACAGGAACUGCAGUUUGCGCUUUCCCAAUAAGUAUAAACCUGGGACCAUGCUGUGCGCAGGGGAUCCGCUUGGCAGUAAAUCAUCCUUCCAGGGCGAUUCUGGGGGGCCCCUGGUGUGUGGCAGGGUGGCGCAGGGCAUCGUCUCCUUUGGUCCCAAUGACGCUUCCCCUCCUGAAGUGUACACACGGGUCUCCCAGUUCAUCCCCUGGAUAAAGGAAACAAUGGGAAAGCUACAAGCCUGA